AUGGAAGUGAAUCCUCUGGAAGGUCUCAUGUCAGUCACUGUGAACCACCAGCUUGCGUCCUGCUCGGCAGCAGAGCAGCAGAGCCAGCGUGGCCCAGCAUCCCUGCACGGACACGGACAGAGCACACGCAGCAGCAGGGAGGAGAGGAAAUGGGUGCAGUCUGUGUGUGGGUCCAGGUCCAACUCUGGCUCCGGUUGUGGUUCUGCGGCUCAGACCAGGACACUGAGGAACCAGUACUCACCAGAGAACGCAGCACGAGAGCGGAGCCGAGUACGCAACCUGCGACAGGCUUUCCACAGCCUGCAGGCUGCUCUGCCAUCAGUCCCACCUGACACCAAACUGUCCAAGCUGGAUGUUCUGGUUCUGGCUACUAACUACAUAGCCCACCUGACAGAGACUCUGGACCAGGGAGGGCUGCUGGCUGAGCACACCUUGCCCUCCCGGCCGGGUGGAUACCUGCACCCUGUUAAGAAAUGGCCCAUGCGUUCCCUGCUCUACUGUGGCAGUGUGGGGGAGCUGCUAUCAGGAGUCCCAACCAAUCAGGGGCCUCCACCUGGACGGGACGGGAUCCACUCUCUGACUCCUGCCUUAGAAGCAGACACAGAGUGAUAGUGGCACAUAGGACGUACCUUUCACACUGUUUCUUAUCUCUUAUCUUAGCUUUUAUUGACAGUAAAAGGACAAGUCAAAGCAAAGAGAAAUUGCAGCUUUGAAAGUAUGUUACACACUUACUUCAGAUUUUUUUAAAUCACUUUUGCCUUCCAAAAGCAAUAGGAC